AUGAUUCUUUCUUAUAUAUUUGGCCUGCUGGUAGCCACAUCCGGCCUGGCCAAGGCCGUCAAUAUCACCGGCUAUGAAUAUGUCGUCGUCGGUUCCGGUGCUGGUGGUGGUCCUCUGGCUGCUCGCCUUGCUUUGGCUGGCCACAAGACACUGCUCCUUGAGGCUGGUGAUGACCAGGGUGAAAACUACAACUACACCAUCCCCGCCUACUCCGCCAGAGCCUCCGAGGACGAGAAGCUUGCGUGGAACUUCUUCGUUCAUCACUACGAGGACGAGGAGCGCCAGGCGCGCGACUGGAAGGUCAGCUAUGACACGCCUGAUGGUCAGAUCUACACUGGCCUAAACCCUCCCGAGGGCUCAACCAUGAAGGGUACCCUCUAUCCUCGUACGGGUACUCUCGGUGGUUGCACUGCCCACAAUGCUUUGAUUGCAGUCUACCCCCACCAGUCUGACUUCGAGUACAUUGAGACUAUCACCAGUGAUAACUCUUGGACACCUGACAACAUGCGCAAGUACUUCACUAAGCUUGAGAACAACGGUUACGCCCUUCCCGCAUCCAAAGCUAAGGACCAUGGCACCGAUGGCUGGCUGUCGACCGAAACUGCGCCUCUUAGCAUUGUCUUGAAGGAUCAGCAGCUCCUUAGUAUGCUCACCGGUGGUGCCUUUGCACUCGGCAACUUCACCGAUCACCUCAUGAAUCUUGGCACUCUGCUGCUUGGCGAUGCCAAUGCCGAUAGCAAGUCUCGUGAUACCGACCCCGGAUACUACCAGAUCCCCAUUGCCACUGAUGACGCCCACCGGAAUGGUCCUCGCGAGUUCAUCAUCGCUGUCCGCGAUGCCAAGAACGACGAUGGCUCGAAGAAGUACCCUCUUGAUGUCCGCAUGAACACCCACGUCACCAAGGUGACCUUCGACGAGAGUGACACCAACGCCCUGCCCCGCGCCACCGGUGUCGAGUUCCUUGAGGGUGAACACCUCUACAAGGCCAGCCCUAUGUCACGGUCCGCUCUCCCCGGUACCCCCGGUUCCGCCACCGCGUCCCGCGAAGUCAUCGUUGCCGGUGGAGUGUACAACUCUCCCCAGAUCCUCAAGCUGAGUGGUAUCGGACCCGCCGAGGAACUGAAGAAGUUCGGUAUCAAGGUCAUCAAGGAUCUCCCCGGCGUCGGUACCAACCUACAGGACCACUAUGAGAUCUCCGUUCAGGCUAGGCUCGAGAAGGACUUCUCCUGCUUGGACAAGUGCACCUUCAGCAUUCGCGGCGAGGAUGACCCGUGUAUCAACGACUGGGAGUCUCCUGUCCUUGGUGACCGCGGUAUCUACUCCUCCCCCGGUCUCGCCGCCACCAUGCUAUACAAGAGCUCCACUGCCGGCGAUGACUUCGACAUUUUCGAAUUCGGUGGCCCAGUCAACUUCCGUGGUUACUUCCCUAACUAUAGCAUCAACGCUACUGAUGAGCACAACUGGUUCUCCUGGGCUAUCCUCAAGGCUCACCCCCGUAACUCUGCCGGUACUGUCGCUCUGCAGUCUGCUGAUCCUCUCGACAUGCCAAAGAUCACCUUCAACUACUUCGACACCGGUGUUGGUGACUACGAUGCCGAUCUCACUGCUCUCUACGAGGCCAUCGAGCUUGCACGUGAUGCGUUCAAGCGCCAGCUCGUCAACGUCACUGAGGUCAUGCCCGGUCCCGAUGUCCAGACUGAGGAGGAAAUCAAGAACUAUGUCAAGGAUGGCGCUUGGGGCCACCACGCCUCUUGCACUUGCCCUAUUGGCGCUGACGAUGACCCAAGGGCUGUCUUGGACUCCAAGUUCCGUGUCCGUGGUGUCUCUGGUCUUCGUGUCGUUGAUGCUUCCGUUUACCCCAAGAUCCCCGGUACUUUCACCGCUGUGUCUACUUACAUGGUUGCCGAGAAGGCUGCUGAGGACAUUCUCAACGGACUUGAGGCAAGCUCUUAA